CGGUCUGGUUCUGCUACAGGCUACUACUGAGACUCUAACCGAGUGAGAAUGUGAGCAGUGAGCUUACUCCGUCGGGUUCCGCCAUUUUUAUGCUUCUCUCUAUCUCAGUUCUCACACCAAAGCUUCAGUUAUUUAUAACAAUGGAGGAGAACGGAGCGCUCUUCCUCUUCUCUCUCUCACUUCUACUUCUCCCGCUUUCCUCCUCUUCCGCUCAGAUGCAAGGUUUUGUAAGUUUGGACUGUGGAGGUUCAGAAAAUUUCACUGAUGAGAUUGGUCUUAAAUGGAGCCCUGAUGAUAAGCUUCCUUAUGGAGAAGUAAGCACCAUAUCAGUUGCGAACGAGACGCGGCGGCAGUACACCACACUUAGACACUUCCCUGCUGAUACCAAGAAAUACUGCUACACACUUGAUGUUGUGAGCAGGACAAGGUACUUACUGAGGGCCGCAUUCCUGUAUGGGAACUUUGAUAAUAACAAUGUUUAUCCUAAAUUUGACAUUUCUAUUGGGGCUACACAUUGGUCUACCAUUGUUAUAUCAGAUGCUAACCUUAUAGAAAUGAGAGAGCUUAUAUUUUUGGCUUCAAGUUCUGCUGUGAGUGUGUGCUUAUCGAACGCCACAACAGGGCAGCCGUUCAUAUCUACACUUGAGCUCCGGCAAUUCAAUGGUUCCGUUUAUUAUACACAAUAUGAGGAACAAUUUUACCUCAGUGUCUCUGCACGGAUAAAUUUUGGAGCAGAAAGUGAUGCUCCAAUCAGGUAUCCUGAUGAUCCUUUUGAUAGAAUAUGGGAGUCGGAUUCUGUGAAGAAAGCAAAUUUUCUUGUUGAUGUUGCUGAUGGUACCAAGAAAAUCUCUACCGAAGUACCAAUUGAUGUUAACAGAGACGAAAUACCCCCAGUGAAAGUGAUGCAGACAGCAGUAGUUGGCACAAAUGGGUCUCUAACUUACCGGUUGAACUUGGAUGGUUUUCCUGGUACUGGUUGGGCAUUCUCUUAUUGUGCAGAAAUUGAAGAUUUGGGUCCAAAUGAUUCCAGAAAAUUUAGGCUAGUACUUCCAGGCCAGCCUGAUAUUAGCAAGGCUGUUGUAAAUAUUGAAGAAAAUGCUCAGGGAAAAUAUCGCCUCUAUGAACCAGGAUUUAACAACAUAUCCCUUCCCUUUGUGCUUUCUUUUAGAUUUGGCAAGACCUCUGAUUCUUCCAAGGGUCCUCUUCUAAAUGCAAUGGAGAUAAAUAAAUAUUUGGAGAAAAAUGAUGGCUCUAUUGAUUUAGCAGCUGUUUCUAGUGUAUUGUCACACUACCCUUCGGCAGAUUGGGCACAAGAGGGAGGGGACCCUUGUCUACCUGUUCCAUGGUCAUGGAUCCGCUGUAAUUCAGAUCCUCAACCAAAAGUAGUUUCAGUCUUAUUGUCCGGUAAAAACCUGACUGGAAAUAUUCCUUUGGAUAUCACCAAAUUGACUGGUCUAGUUGAACUAUGGCUUGAUGGAAACAUGUUAACUGGCUCAAUACCAGAUUUUACUGGGUGCAUGAACUUAAAGAUCAUUCAUCUUGAGAACAAUCAGUUGACGGGUGUCCUCCCAACAUCUCUGCUGAACCUUCCAAAUUUAGGAGAAAUGUAUGUGCAAAAUAAUUUGUUAUCUGGAACAAUACCAUCUGCUCUUCUGAGCAAACAUUUGGUUUUAGACUACUCUGGAAACAUUAAUCUUCACAGGGGGAAAAGAAUAGAGGGCAAAACGUAUGUUAUUAUUGGUUCCACAGUGGGGGCUUCUGUUCUACUAUUGGCCACUAUUAUAUCUUACUUGUUUAUGCGUAAAGGAAAUAGAAGGUAUUUUGAGCAAGAUCACAACUCUUCUCUCCCUACUCAAAAGCUGGCUUCCUGGAAAAAUGAUGAUCCUGCAGAAACUGCUCACUGCUUCAGUUUUUCCGAAAUUUUAAAUGCCACAAAUAAUUUUGAGAAAAAGAUUGGUUCUGGUGGUUUUGGAGUUGUGUACUACGGGAAACUGAAAGAUGGAAAAGAGAUAGCUGUAAAAGUUUUGACCAAUAAUUCCUAUCAAGGCAAGCGAGAGUUCUCCAAUGAGGUGACACUUCUUUCAAGAAUACAUCACAGAAAUUUGGUACAGCUUCUUGGGUAUUGCCGGGAGGAAGAUAGUAGCAUGCUCGUUUAUGAAUUCAUGCACAAUGGAACUCUCAAGGAACAUCUCUAUGGUCCAUUAACGCAUGGACGGAGUAUCAAUUGGAUUAAGCGGCUUGAGGUUGCAGAAGAUGCUGCAAAAGGGAUUGAAUACCUUCAUACGGGUUGUAUUCCUGUCGUUAUCCAUAGAGAUGUAAAAAGCAGCAAUAUUCUUCUUGACAAGCAAAUGAGAGCUAAGGUCUCAGAUUUUGGUCUUUCAAAACUUGCUGUUGAUGGAGUUUCCCAUGUUUCUAGCAUAGUUCGGGGGACAGUAGGAUAUCUUGAUCCUGAGUACUAUAUCUCCCAGCAGCUGACUGACAAGAGCGAUGUUUAUAGUUUUGGUGUAAUUCUUCUUGAACUCAUAUCUGGACAAGAAGCAAUAUCAAAUGAAAACUUUGGUGUUAACUGCCGAAACAUAGUCCAGUGGGCAAAAUUUCACAUUGAGAGUGGUGACAUACAAGGAAUUAUUGACCCCAUGCUAAGGAAUGAUUACGACCUACAAUCAAUGUGGAAAAUAGCAGAGAAAGCAUUGAUGUGUGUUCAACCUCAUGGAUAUAUGAGGCCAUCGAUUUCUGAAGUUCUGAAGGAGAUCCAAGAUGCAAUAGCUAUUGAGAGAGAGGCUGAAAGCAAUUCACGUGGCUUGUCAAGAAAUUCUUUCCACUCUUCCGUGAACAUAGGUUCAAUGGAUCUAGGUGCCACUGAGAGUUAUCUCUCAAUUGAUGAAUCCAUUGCACGCCCAACCGCAAGAUAAAUCUAUUGAUUUUUACUAGUUAUUUAUUUCUCUGUCUUAUUUGAUUUUUCUAUCCUUGCUUUCCUGUGUGGGGGAGGCCUUUAGUUUGUUCAUAUUUGGUCCAGGAUUGAUUCCUCCAAAACAACAAUGUGUAUGUAUUAUGUAUAUUCGAGUGAUAAUGCGUUCUGGAUUAGAAGGAAAUGCAUCAAUGACGUCGUAUUUAUUUAACUGAAUUGCCAAAUAAAGUAGCUGCUACAUUGUUUUUACAUGUAAAUGGACACUUUUCAUUCUUGAUUUGCUACGUGUUUGCAGGGCCUCAAGCCAGACAGAAUUGUAUUCCUCCUUCUGGAGUAAGGUUGUAGCCAUUGUAGAAUCUCAUACUUGAGUUACGGACCAAAGAAGCAGGGAAUAUACAAUACAACUAUUUAAAUAAAUUUCAUUCAAUAAUCUUCGGAAGGGUCAAUUUAGUAAGCACAAUUCUUUCACUGUACAAGUAAACAAGUUUUAUAGAAGUAAAAACGCUUUUGGCCAUGGAAAAAGAUUAAAGCAGAAGAGAAGCACAUACAUAUAAUCGGAGUUCAUGAACAAUUUUUGCACAAGAAACACGCCAAAAGAAAUCAUAGUUGGUCUAGUUAUG